ACACCUUCGCGGCUUUCCCAUAAAACAUUUCCCAUACCGUUUCUUCUUCAUGCUUACUUCAUUUGCCACCUCACCGUAACCGUCACCAUGUCCUCCUCCGCCAUUCGAUUCCGUCGCCUCGGCGCCGCUACCGCCAUCAUCACCGCGGUAUCCGGCGGCGCAAUUCUCAUCUCUCCUAAUCUCUCCGCCAAUGACAGAGGCGGAGGACCUGCUUUUGAUGCAGUGAGGCAGAGAAUAACUGAUCCGAAUGCCGUUGUUCCGACGCGAGCGGCUCAGGAGUCCGUUUUGAUUUCCUCUACUGCGAAGAAUCCGCUUGAUGUUUUGGUGAUCGGCGGUGGCGCCACCGGUUCUGGAGCGGCGCUUGAUGCGGCGACACGUGGACUUCGUGUUGGACUUGUGGAACGAGAGGAUUUUUCUUCUGGUACUUCUUCUAGGUCUACUAAGCUUAUUCAUGGAGGAGUCCGUUACUUGGAGAAAGCUGUGUUUAAUCUCGACUAUGGGCAACUGAAGCUAGUUUUUCAUGCGCUUGAGGAGCGUAAACAGAUGAUUGAUAAUGCGCCACACAUGUGUCAUGCUUUGCCUUGCAUGACGCCCUGUUUUAGUUGGUUUGAGGCAAUAUACUAUUGGAUGGGUUUGAAAAUGUAUGAUUUGGUCGCGGGACCACGCCUGUUACAUUUGUCUAGAUAUUAUUCUGCAAGGGAAUCCGUUGAGCUGUUCCCUACUCUUGCUAAGAAGGGUCAGGAUAGGAGCUUAAGGGGUACAGUGGUGUAUUAUGAUGGGCAGAUGAAUGACUCGCGUGUUAAUGUUAGUUUGGCUUGUACUGCUGCAUUAGCUGGUGCAGCUGUUCUCAACCAUGCUGAAGUUGUGUCUUUGCUAAAAGAUGAGGCUAAUGAACGUAUAAUUGGUGCAAGGAUCCGGGACAAUCUUUCAGGCAAUGAGUUUGAUACCUAUGCCAAAGUUGUUCUGAAUGCGGCUGGUCCAUUUUGUGACUCUGUACGGAAAAUGGCCAACAAAGAUGUACAGCCUAUGAUUUGUCCUAGCAGUGGUGUGCAUAUCAUUCUCCCUGAUUAUUAUUCCCCAGAUGGAAUGGGUCUGAUUGUUCCUAAAACGAAGGAUGGACGUGUAGUUUUCAUGUUGCCAUGGAUGGGAAGAACAGUCGCUGGCACUACAGAUUCUAACACUGUCAUCACUGCUCUUCCAGAACCACACGAGGAUGAGAUUCAGUUUAUACUUGAUGCCAUCUCAGAUUACCUUAGUGUCAAGGUUCGCCGCACAGAUGUUCUUUCAGCCUGGAGUGGUAUUCGUCCAUUAGCUACAGACCCUUCAGCAAAAAACACCGAGAGCAUCUCCAGAGAUCAUGUGGUAUGUGAAGAGUGUCCUGGCUUGGUCACAAUCACUGGUGGAAAAUGGACUACUUACCGCAGCAUGGCAGAAGAUGCUGUUACUGCUGCAAUAAAGUCUGGGAAGCUAAGUCCUGCCAAUGGAUGCUUAACUCAUAACUUGAGGCUCAUUGGUGGAGAUGGAUGGGAACCAUCAUCAUUUACAGUUCUUGCUCAACAAUAUAAACGCAUGAAGAAGUCAUAUGGCAGUAAAAUUGUUCCUGGCAUAAUGGAUACUGCUGCUGCCAAGCACUUAUCACAUGCAUAUGGUACAUUUGCAGAGCGAGUAGCUGCCAUUGCUCAGAAUGAAGGCCUAGGGAAGCGACUUGCCCAUGGCUACCCUUAUCUAGAGGCAGAGGUUGCCUACUGUGCCCGACAAGAGUAUUGUGAAUCUGCUAUCGAUUUCAUUGCUAGAAGAUCAAGGCUUGCUUUUCUUGAUACUGACGCAGCAGGCCGGGCAUUGCCGCGCGUUGUUGAGAUACUGGCUACUGAGCACCAUUGGGAUAAGGCAAGACAGAAGCAUGAGUUAGAGCAAGCCAAAAAAUUCCUGGAAACUUUCAAAUCUUCCAAAAAUGCCCAAUUCCAUGAUGGGAAACAUUGACGGGUCUUGAAACUUGUGAGCUGGGUUUUAAGGAGCUCCCAUUUUUUUUUUCUACAUAUAGUUUUCGCCAAUCUUCCUAGCUAAUGCUGAUACGAGGAGUUAUCGUCUGCUCUGAUCACUGUUCUGAUCAGCAGAGUGCUAGAACACAGCAGCUAUAUUCUACAUGUUGUAGUUAUCUGCCGAAAAUAAUUACUGUUAUAUACAUUAUCCACAUUGAUACUAUAGGUUCUGUGUUUUGCAGAAGGUAUUUAGCAAUGAGUCGAUGCUGACAAUUUACCGGCAUGACGAUCAUCACAAAUUGUUUUUCGAUAUGAAAAUGCAAUCUUCAUUUAUUUUGCAAUUUAAA